AUGAGUGCUGCGCCAAGACUUUUGGAGUUUCUUAAAUGGACCGGGAAGCUCAAGGACCUGAAGAGAACAGGAUGGGUCCUGAGGAAUGUCUCUGAACCAGAGCGCGUUUCAUCGCACAUGUACCAAAUGGCUGUGAUGUCUAUGAUUCUGGAUGUACCUGGCUUGGACAUGACCAGAUGUCUGAAGAUGGCACUGGUACACGACAUGGCGGAGUGUAAAGUCGGGGACAUAACCCCGCAUUGUGGAGUAGCCAGUGACGUGAAGAAGAAGCUCGAGUUGGAGGCUUUUUCUGGACUCGGUCAAAUGCUCUCCUCUGCCAAGUCCGAGGAAUUUCAAGCUUUAUUUAGGGAAUACGAGGAACAAACAACAGAAGAGGCUAAAUUCGUCAAGGAUCUCGACAUGUUCGACAUGAUACUAACUGCCUUUGAAUACGAGCGACACGGCCGGUGUUCGAUGUUGUCUGGCAACUGCGCCCCGUUGCAGGAAUUUUUCGAGUCGACUAGAGGGAAAUUCAAAACUGAGGCUGUGAAGCAACUUGUUGAGGAAUUGUACAGACAACGGGAAGAGUUUUUGAUUGAAGCCAGUGCAGUGAAUGACGGAGCUGGCUUGGAACUCAAGUGA